ACCGCCAUACCCUCACCAUUCAUGUUGGCGACUUGGCGCAAUGGCUUAAGCGCACAUGCUGUGUCGUCGACUUGACUGUUUGACGACCCUCACUUCUGUAAUACAAAUCCUACCCCAGUCAAUCAAGCUCCGUUACCGUUGCGUCUCCACUAUGGCUCCAGCUUCAAACCUGAAACCGCGACCGAUCGUUGUCUCCGGGCCUUCUGGGUCUGGCAAGUCGACGCUGCUCAAACGGUUAUUCGAACAGUAUCCAGGCCGCUUCGGGUUUUCAGUCUCCCACACAACCCGACAGCCCCGACCUGGCGAGGAGGACGGUGUGGCAUACAACUUCGUCACGAGGGAUGCAUUCUUGAAGCUGAUCGAUGAGAAUGGCUUCAUCGAGCAUGCUGAAUUCAGCGGUAAUCUUUAUGGCACAAGCGUGCAGGCUGUCAAGAGUGUUGCGGAGAAGGGUCAGACUUGCAUCCUGGAUAUUGAAAUGGAGGGUGUCAAGCAGGUGAAGAAGACAGAUCUCAAUGCCCGCUAUCUGUUCCUACAGCCGCCGUCGGUCGAGAUUCUUGAGAAGCGAUUGCGCGGACGCGGUACAGAUAAGGAGGAAGCAAUCCAGAAGCGAUUGAAGCAGGCAGCAAAGGAAAUCGAGUACUCGAAGACGACAGGCGUGCACGACCAGAUUAUUGUCAACGAUGACCUAGAGAAGGCAUGGGAGGAGUUUCGUACGUUCUGCGUCGAUGAAUCAUAAGACGGAGCCUUGCGGCAAGUUCUGAGGUCCUGCGCAACACUCUCAGACGGUUUGAUCUACGAUAGACGCUAAACAAUGCAAUAGAAAGAGAGAGACGCGCGCGAAAGAAUGCAAAAUAACAAGCAAUUGCAACUGCACUGAGUGAAUCAAAAACACCAUCCGCUGUUCCCGCCA